GAUUAUUGCUCCGAGCGACAGUAUAGGAAGCACAGUGACAGAAUGGCUUGUUAUAUCUCUCUAGUGUUCCUUCUGGGCUUCCCUGCCAUGUAUUCUGGCAGUCACACACUACAAUUUUAUGUAACCAUAUCAUCCGCUGCUUACCCAGGCCUGCCGCAAUAUUCAAUCAUUGCGUAUGUGGAUGACGUGCAGUACGGAAGGUACAACAGUGACACGCGCCGCUGUGAGCCUUUGAUUCAGUCUCUGAUGGUAUUUUCUGAACACUUGGAAAAUCAGACCAAAUUGGCACAACAAACUGAAAUAACCCAAAAAGCGUUCAUGAACUUAAUUACUGAUCUUUUAAACAAGAAUUAUGAUAUUAAUUACGUGUUCCAAACCAAGGCUGCCUGUGUGCUGCAUGAAGAUGGUACAGUUGAUGUAUACAAGGAGGUGGCAUUAGAUGGCAAAGAGCUCAUAGUGUUCGAUAAAGAGAGACAGGAGUUUGUACCUGCGACCCAAGAGGCUGUGCUUCUGGCACAGUUGUUGAAUAAACAGGCAAAUGCAAUGGAAGAUAAAAUAUUUAUGGAAAAUGAGUGCACUCAGCAUUUGACAUUGUAUCUACCAUAUAUAAAAAAUUACUUGGAUAAGAAAGUGCCCCGUGUAAAAUUGUCAAGUUCAGAGUCAGAGAGCGGCACCAAACUGCACUGCCGGGUGUAUGGGUUCUACCCCCGAGAUGUGGAAGUGAAGUGGAUAAAGAAUGGGAGAGAUGAGAUUCACUCAGAGGAGGCAGCACAGAUCCUGCCAAACCCUGAUGGCACCUAUCAGAUCAGAGUCAGUGUGGGGGUAACACCAGAGGAGGGCGCCACUUACUCCUGCCAUAUAGAUCACAGCAGCUUGGAGAAGACACUGGUUGUUCCCUUUGAGACAGAGACCAAGAAUUCACAUAUUACUUACAUCCUUAUUGCUGUCGGUGUGAUUGUUCUCUUCCUUGCUUUUGGCCUGGGAUUUUUUAUACAAAGAAAAAUGAAAGGAUUUAAAGGCAGCCAGCAGAGAGUGAGCACAAAUGAACAGGAAACUACACAGCAAGAGAAUAUUUUGUAGAGCCCCCUGUUGGGAAUCAUAUGGUGCCCCAGUGGGAAGAACUUUUGUCAUCUGCUACUGAAGUGUCAUAAAUGGGCCAAAAUCAGAAAAAAAAUGAAAAAGAUAGGCAUGCUCCUAUAGUGUAACUUUAACCCUCAAGAAAGUCAUUUCGGUGAUGUAAGGCAUUGGGCUGUAUCCAUCUGCAGACUAAUGAGCAAAAUUCCCCCUUCCAUCUCUGAGCUCGUUACACUGGGGGUGCGUGCCCUUCUUUUCAUUUGCUUUAUACUGUACAUUCCCUUUCGGCUCGACCAUUUGAAGUGGCAGCGCCCACGGAGCAAACACAGGGUGAUUUUGGUUAUCAUUAUAGCAGAGGAAUUUCUGUUCACAAUAUCUUUUCUUCAGUAUUUAUUUCAGUAAUUAUUUUUGUUACAGAGUCUGUUACAUUUUUAGUUACAAAGACAGUGAUCAUUUCUUUGUGUUAUUCCUAGGACAUGACAGUCCAGGGACACUAAGGGGCAAUUUUGAGAAAAAAUUUAAUGGGUUUUUGGCAGUACUCAUUUUUUCUGAUAUUGGUUAUUAGAUAUUUUCCCAGAAAAAUUUAAGUUUGAUCUGUCAAAUACCAUUCAAUGCUAUGGAGGUUUAAAUAGUAGAGGAAUAGACUAGUCAGUGACAGCCUGUCCUUGACAUAU